UAAUUAUUUAGGUUGUAACAUGAUAAGUUCCAUCACAAUCUGAAGAUCAGAGUUAGCAGCAAUUUGAGAUGGAGCAGAACAAGGGAAGCAUAGUGACACGAUUGCAAGGUGUGAAGGACAAGAGUGGCAAGUCCUACAAUCAGUUAGCGUUGGAGACUGGACUCACCAACGUCUAUGUUGCUCAGCUUCUCAGAAGACAGGCUCAGCUCAAACCCCAAACUGCCCCUGUUUUACGGGCAGCUUUGCCCGACCUGCCCGAAGACCUUCUCCAUGAGAUGAUGAGACCCCCUUUGAGGUCUUAUGACCCUAAUCUCAUCCAAGACCCCACUGUCUACAGGUUGAAUGAAGCUGUAAUGCAUUUUGGGGAGAGCAUCAAAGAUAUAAUCAAUGAGGAGUUUGGUGAUGGAAUUAUGUCAGCAAUAGAUUUCUACUGCUCGGUUGACAAAAUUAAAGGAGUAGAUGGGAAGGAUCGUGUGGUAGUGACAUUUGAUGGAAAAUAUUUGCCACAUUCUGAGCAGAUAUCUGAGCACAUGGUUUCAAGAACAAGACCACUUGGAAAACAGUGAGUAUCUUCAUGGGAAGACCAAGGUCAAAUUCUUCGAUACCGAUUUACAUGCACAUGCAUUACCUGUGAUUUGUAACAACUACAACCACAAGUUGUAUUUUAUCAAUGCUAUUUUCUGUUGCCUAUAGAGAGAGACAAUGGGUGAGAAAAAUAAAAGUAGCUGGUCAUGGCUGUUUAUACAAUGGUUUGUGUUUAUAUAUCAGCAUAAAAAUAAAAGUUACUUUUAAAGUCA